AUGGCUACAGAGAAACCUACUUAUCGCAUCGCAUCCAUUCCCGGUGACGGCAUUGGCGAGGAAGUGGUGCGAGCAACCAUUGAAGUGGUCAACAAGCUCGCUCAGACGUUGAAAACAUUCAACAUUGAAUUCACGCAUCUCCCAUGGGGCACUGAAUACUACAAGCAACAUGGUCGGUACGUGUCUGAAGGUUACCUGGAUACUCUGCGGAAAUUCGACGCAGGCUUGUUUGGCUCUGUGGGACAUCCAGACGUGCCCGACCACGUCUCCUUAUGGGGCCUGCUACUAGCGCUCCGCAGUCCAUUGCAACUAUAUGCCAAUGUCCGUCCUGUGCGCACCUUUCCCGGAACCAAGUCACCUCUGACCACAGCUGUGAAUGGCAUCGAUUGGGUCCUUGUGCGAGAGAAUUCCGAGGGAGAGUAUUGUGGUCAAGGUGGACGCAGCCACACUGGUCAGCCAUGGGAGGCUGCGACAGAGGUGGCCAUCUUCACAAGGGUUGGUGUCGAGAGGAUUAUGCGCUUUGCCUUCGAAACAGCACGCUCCAGACCACGUCGCCACCUGACCGUCGUCACCAAGAGUAAUGCCAUGCGCUAUGGAAUGGUCCUCUGGGAUGAGGUCGCUGAGGCGGUCGCGAAAGACUUCCCGGAUGUCACCUGGGAUAAGAUGUUGGUGGACGCCAUGACCCUCCGCAUGAUUUCGAAGCCGGAUUCGCUGGAUACUAUCGUGGGAACCAAUUUGCAUAUGGACAUUCUAUCUGACCUUGCAGCUGGUUUGGCAGGUUCCAUUGGUGUGGCACCAUCCAGCAACCUAGACCCUACCCGCAAGAACCCCUCGCUGUUCGAGCCGGUUCAUGGAAGUGCUUUCGAUAUCAUGGGUAAGGGCGUCGCCAAUCCGGUGGCUACCUUCUGGUCCGCUGCGGAGAUGCUCGCAUGGCUGGGUGAAAAAGAUGCUUCCAAAAAGUUGAUGGACUGUGUCGAAAAGGUGUGCGCUGCUGGGGUUUUGACACCGGAUCUCGGGGGUUCGGCGAAUACGCAGGGAGUUGUGGAUGCGGUUUGCAAAGAAAUCGAGCAGCAGUUGGCUUCUAUUCAGUCCGAGAUUCUUGACUUCAACGCCAUCUUUUCUUCCAUGCUCUCUCCUUAUCCUCGACGGCAGCAUCAUGAUCCCACCAGAAUGGAGCCUCCGGACCUUACCAAUGGCCCAUCCGAGAUUGGUUCCCUGACCGCGCAUUCCAAGGAUGAGAGUCAGUUUGUCGGUAGCUCCAGUGGCGUCUACUUCAUCAAUACCGUCCGACGGGCUUUCUCCGAAAGUUUAGAUCCGAGUGGUUCAUCGCCUGCACAAGACUUCCCCCAGCCGGAGGAUACCCUGGUAGGCAGUGAUGCCUCGCAGAAAACGACCCCGGCUGCGCUGCAGGAUGAUCAGUUUCCGAGCCAAUGGGCAUAUGAUCCCGCAGUGGCAGCAGUCUUGGGGAAUGCUCCCCCGCUUGAUACAGCUCGGGAACUCAUGAUGAUGUACUUUAAAGUUUGGCAUCCUCUGUUCCCAUUUCUUCAUGGCCCUACUUUCUUGCAGGCCAUGGAGGGCCUCUAUUCAGAAGACCGCCAGGAGCCAACUGGUAAUGCUCCAAUGGCGGAUCACCGGCAUGUAUGCUGGACAACAAUCUUUCAGUGUAUUUUCAAUCUAGCCAAUGCUGUUCAUCCGGAUAUCCAGCUUCCACUGGGGUCUCGAAUUGAAUCGCCCAGUAACAUGCAUUCUCUCCUCGGCACGCUAACUAGUAAGCACGAUAUGUUGUCCUUGCAGGCACUUCUUGCUUGCCAACUAUAUCUGCUUGCAAAAAUGUCCCUCCGGACAGCCUCCACCGUAGGUGGCUGCAUGCUCCGUUCCAUGCUGCACGCAGGUCUCCAUCGCUGUCCAUACCGAUACAAGGAGCUCACAACCCACGACAGACAGCUGCGCAAGAGGAUCUUCUGGUGUGCAUACGCCAUUGACCGAUACCUAAGCCAGGCACUUGGACUGCCUCUAGGCGUACAAGACUCGGAUAUCGAUGUCUGUUCGCCCAAUGCUCCUGAAAUCCAUAUACCAGGAAUGUACAAUAGAUCGCAUUUCGCGCGAUCUGCUUCGUAUCCUGAGCAAAGGGGACACCGCCCCCAGCUCACAAGCAACCAACACCACGCAAACACUUCACCACGUACCUUCUCAGCCCACAGCAGCUCCUCAGCCGAAGAAGCUCAGCAAAACCGCCGCGAACUCGCCUUUGCAAGCUACGUCGAGUCCGGUACCUUAACAGGACGAGCCCUCGAGCUCUUCCACAAAUCCAUUACAGUGCGCUCUGUCCCACGCAGCUCCGUACUAUUCCUUAUCACAGACGUACACAAAUGGUGGAACAAUCUCUCCAUCGAAACACUCCAAGGCCAACACCAACAAUCAACCACCGAUCAACCCUCAUCAUCAUCCCCCACAGCAACAACGACAACCGCAUUCAACUUCGCCCCCUUCUUCACCGUCCUCUACCAACACCUCAUCCUUCUCAUCAACCGUCCCUCCCUCUCCCUCAGCCCAACAACCCCCGAAUUCUGCUCCGGGCUCCAAACCUGCAUCAACGCCGCAAGGGAGAUCAUCUCCGCUCUAACGACGCAGCAAGAAAGCGGCCAAUCAUUCUUCUGGCCCGGUUUCCUCUCUGCUGCCUGGAUGUCAGGUCUCGUCCUUGCAUUUGCAUGCCAACUCCGCCAAUACGUUUUGUCCAAAGGAGCUCAAGAAAUCGCCAAAUGUCUCACAAUCCUGCACACCAUGUCCACGCAAUGGGAAGCAGCCAAACACUGCCACAGGGCACUUUCCCUCCUAUCUCGGACUAUCCAGGAAUCAGGCACCAACACCACCGCAGGUGAAGGAUCACCCAAUAAACGACGGAAAGUAGCAGUAGAUCCUCACCACACCGCCUUCUUCACUCCCAUUAAUUCGCUAUCAUCGACGAAUAUGGAUGAUGAAUAUGCACGAGGACGAGCAGGAAGGAGGACUCCUGCUGCUGCUGCUGCUGCGACAACAUCUGGUCUGCAUGAAACUGCUAAUACUAGUGGCGGCCAUGUACACCUGUCUCAUGAGGAUAGAUUAUUCGCUGCGGAGGGAGUGAGUACUAAUACUAAUGAUAAUAAUAAUGGAGAUGCGGUGGGAGAGUUUGAUUUUGGGAUCGUGGAUCUGCUCGAGGGGAGUAAUUUUGAUGAUUUGGCGGAUAUGUUUGGGCAGCAGUAUCCUUCUUUUUGA